AGACGGACACAGCAGAGAUUUAUCUCCAGAAUCAAGAUGCAGUUCUGCAGCUAUCUGCUGAUCUUCUGUCUGCUGUCCAUCACUGUGCUACACUGCAGCGUCCAUGGAUUCCAACAGCGCCCUGCUAAGCACAUAGUCCAGCCCGGGCUCAGGACCCUGGUCAUGCUUCCACACCACCCAGGAGGGAUGAAGCUCAGAGAGGAGCUCACAGCAAAGUUUCUCCGAACAGACGACCUGAAGAUGAUGGAGAACGAUGUGACUGAGCCAAAGAGGAAGAAGAGUUUCCCUGGGAACAAUGCUCCACUGGAUCGGCUGUCGAUGAGCUCCAUGGAAACCAGACCAGGGAGGAAGAAGCAGAGUAAGGUGGUAGAAUCACCACGGCGACGUGAAAAUCCACCUCCGAUUGACCGAGUCGGAAUGAGUCGUCUACCAACGACUCGAGGAUAGCUUUUUACUUUCCACUGAGAGGCUGCCCUCAUCUGGACAGAUGUUUAUAACAGGCAACCACCUGCUGAGCCAUGCCAGUAACUUGUCACCAAACCUGGACACGCCCACCCCUUUAAAAAAUGAUGCAUUCAGGUGCAGCUCAGUAAAUUCUGGACCAAAAACAGAAGUCUUAAGGAGAUACAAAUUUCCCUAACAAAAAGAACAAAAUUCAGACCAGAAAAUAAGGAAACUAUGAGAAUAUUACAUAAAUUCUGCUCCUUUAAUGCACCUAUCUGUCCUCUACAAAAGUCCAAGCAUUAAACCUUGCACUUAUGUUGCUUAACUUUAAAUCUGCCCCUACAGUUAGGUAAAGCAGUUUAACAAAUGAAUACAAACUGAUAUAUUUACUGAAGCAAAAAGUUAAAAGAAAUACCCUAAAUAUUCAAAUAAAUGCUACAACACUGGUAUUUAUGAUUAAAUAUGUACAUUUAAUCUGGAAUAGAUUAAGGGGAUUUGAAGACUUUGACCCAUCAGUGCAAAUUUAAUCCUCAAAAUUAUUAGUUAUCCUUUUAACUAAAUACAUUCAGAUAAUUCAAAUGUUAAACCACGUUUCUUUUUAUUUAAUUUACAAGUGUGUCCACUGACCAAACAAGCUAUUAAUAAUGAUGGAAACCUUUGGUCAAAGUGCCUUGAGAUGACACGUUGUGAACUGGCGUUAUAUAAUAAACUGAAUUUAUUCAUAUUCCCCACAGCUCUUUUUGUUGCACUGAAGAGAAAAAAAAUUAUUAAAUUGUUUGUGCAACAUCUUAUAAUUGUAUCUAUAAAUCAUUGUGGAAAGUUCUGAAGAACAAACGCAACGAGAAAUAAAUCUUUCAUGAAAUUAAAAUGGAUUUUUCGAGAUUUGUUUUACAUUAAAAAAUUAAUUGUUUUGAUAUUAUUAUUAAUUGCUUUUUUAAAUAUAACUAAAUUCACCUGAAUGCAUCAUCUCUAGCUCCCCCUGCUGGCAUCCGACUGGAGGCGUCAGCCGCCUCGACUCGACUUAAGAUUUCUGCUCGUAGUUUUUUAUUUUGCAGCAGGAUGUUUCCACGACAGCACAAACCAACCACCGGCAGGUUGAAGCCAGUUUUGACAAGGUAAAUCUUUCACUAAGUGAGAAAGAAGAUUUUUACAUCUGACUUACUUUGAGUGACGGGCUGUAAACCAGCUUCUCCUUUCAAAAACUUCAUCCUGGUACAAUUUUACCUGAUAAAAUGAGAUAUUUCAAAGUUUUCUUGUACAGUUUUACUUUUGGUUGGCAGACAAUAUUUUUUUUCACCAAAUCAAUCAAUAUUAAUUUUUAAAUCCUAUUAAACUGAUUUUUUAAAUAACAGGUUAGUUGUAACUUUUGGGGGGGGGGGGGGGAGGUCUUCCAUACUCAGAAGACAACAAAACAUUAAUUUCUCCUAUUUAUUUUGAAAUGUAUAAGAAGGUUUUCCUUUUUUAAGAAGGUGCUCCUUUUUAGGCCUAAAUGGACGUCUGUACCUUGAGACCAACGUGUACCGUCUUAGUUCAUAAAUAUUAACAGUAUAAAAUGGUUAAAGCUUGAAGUUUUAAUAUUUGACAUAGUUUCUGGAAUCAGUAACACCAUUACAUCCUGACUGUUGUUUGACUUCCUGUGUAACAGCUCUGUUUCUGUUCAUUUUGUUCUUUGACUAGUUUUGGUCUUUUUGACGUGUCGCACAGCAGAUAAACUGCACAUUAAUAGAGUAAAAUCAGAGGAAGGUUCCUUUAAAACCAGUUGGUCAAAUAACAUAAGGUUGGAGGUUACUUAAUGAUUAGGUGGUGGUGCUGUGGAGACGUUCUGCUCACUGACUGGUUCUGUUUCAAUAUGUUUUCUCUGCUCGUGUUUAAAUGUGCUUAAU